AUGCGUUUCGUGGCGGAAAACACCUCCAUUCCUGUCCCGAAAGUCCUCAAGGCCUGGUCCACUGACGGAAUCACGUUCAUCGUUAUGGACUUCAUUGGGGGACAUGACCUUUGGUACUGUUGGUCCACGCUCAGCAUUCAAGCCAAGGAACGAGUCUUCGCCCAAUUGAAGCAAUACAUUGGCGAGCUCCGCUCUAUAAAGCCCCCAGAUCGAUACAAUGGUGCUGUAUGUUCUGUGGAUGGCAAACCUAUCCGUGACAUUGGGCGUAUUGGGCUGGCUCCUUGUGGACCAUUCAGCACACAGGGCGAAUUCCACAAUUUUCUCCGAGGGAACUACAUUCUCGAGUCCCCUUUGUUCUCUUCCGGAGCGGAUGGUGAAGCCAUUGGCGCAUCGCACUCUCAAACUUACGCUACUAAAUUCACCCACGGUGACUUGGCUCCGAGGAACGUCCUUGUCAAAAAGGAUGGGACAAUCACAGCGAUUGUGGAUUGGGACUGCGCAGGAUGGUUCCCAGAGUAUUGGGAGUUCACGAAGGCCAAGUGGUCGUUGACUCUGGCCGAUUGGGAAGUAAGGAUACCAGAUAUCACUGGAGAGUAUCCGUCACAACUUGCUGGGGAGCGAGCAAUUUAUCGAUUAUUUGGAACAAUGCUUACCUGA